CCACUCCCUCUCUUCCCUUCCCUCCCUCAUCUUCCUCUCCUCUCCCAGUUGAGUUAGGUGCACGGUUUAAGUCCAGUACGGAUCUCACCUGGCUCUGUCAACAUGUCCUGGACUCGAGUGAUUGUCCUCUCUGCGCUCACCACCCUCCUCAUCCUCACCUUUUCCAGUGUGGUGGAAAACGCCGCAGUACGGGACGACUCUAAACCAGCCGACCACAAAGGCGCAGCACGGCAGGUGUUCAUGCCCGAGUCGGACGCCUCCAAUUUCUUCAAACGUCGUGGUCGCCGUUCGGUCCAAUACUAUGAGUUCCAAGCUGAGCAGAGGGUACUCAUGCAAAAGGACGAGCAGAGGAGGGAGUACAACGAGGAGCAGAGGAACGAGUACGAGAACUACGUCGAGGAGGAGCGCGAUGAGAUAAAUGAGCGAUCGAGGGAGACGAACGAGCAGCUGAGGGAGUAUCACUACGACGGCUUUUAUCCCCGCUCCCAGUGGUUCCACUGAGCACACCUGCUGGUGUGGAAGCCACAGCGCCUCUCACUGGGGCAGCAGUGGUACUGCCACCGUGUCACGUUGAGAGCCAGUGCUAAAAUUUGUAUCAUAUUUUUUCUACUUUAAUCUGCAGGAUGACAUUUUUUCUUUUGCUUUAUUUUUUAUACAGCAUAAACUGUGCAAUAUGUCUCCAUGUUAAACUGUAAAGUGCAUUUAAAGUGCACUUUUUGAAUUGAAGCUACAUGUUAUCAUUAAUGUUUUGCAUGCUUGUUUUUAUUGCCUUUUACACACAUACGUGGUUAUAUACAGUGUCCUUCAGUCAGCCUGAGAGUGACGUCAUUACUUUAAGUGUAAAUGACAAAUAAAGAGGAAUUUCCUCAUUA